AAGGGGGCGGGGGGGGGGGGGGGUCCUGGGUCCAACUACAGAAUAUAUGCUUCACAUGUUCCCACCUUAUUAAAAGGCUGUACAUGGAGAGAAGCAACCAAUCACAUUUACAUUCCCAGCUCUUCUAGAAACUAGUGAUGCAUCAAAAACAUAAAAGCUCAACACAGACCACUACACUGUCGCACAGAACCCUGGAUUUUAGAUUUAAUCAAUAAUCUACCAAUCACAGGUCUGGGUAGUUUUCUGAGAGUAACUCUACCUACGUAUCACACCAAAGCAGAAAACAAAGUAUUUUUAAAUGUACUUUGAUACUCUCAGAACUCCUUUCUACAGACAACUCACCGGAAACCCCGAUUCUUGGGUUUACAGUGUGCUUGACACUUUUGGUCAAACCAACCCCGCUCCACCACAACAGCUGGGGGAGGAUUUCCGAGCCCGUGUCCGCGAACACGGUGGCGGCUACAGGAGGUGGAGUUCGCCCGAAGCAGAUGCCAAAGCUCUCGCAAACUCCGGCUGCAGCUCUGCUUUUAAUUUCGCUGCCAAAGCCUUCAGAGAGACGCCGUGUGAGGGGGGAAAGGGUGGCAACCAGAGGCGGACGGAAGAGGACGCACCACAGCCAGUGCGCACAGUGUUGUGUUGGUUGGAAACAUGCAUGCCUGCGAAAACUGGAGCCAUCCAGACCUGGGGAGACUCGUCAAAAGUGGUCGUCGCUGUUAAGGAGGUGCCUUUUAACACCCAGGAGAAAAAUCAAUGGGGGUUUCCUGCGUUGCUCUGGAGAUUUUCUUCUUCUUUGCUCUGAGGGAAUGCGAGGGCAGGAAAUCCAGCCUCUGCUCCAAAUAACCACAGACUUCUAACUGGGUCUCACUCCAAACGCAGGAAAUACGGCCUGGGAAAAAAAGUUAAGGAGCUUUUGGAAACAAGAGGGGGAUCUUUUUUAUCGCUGACGUUUUGCGUGCGCUUUACGACCUGGUUGUGUGUAUACGUGUGUGUGUGUGUGUGUGUCAAUCGCUCCUGUUAUUCCAGACAGAGUUGAAAAGACAUUCAGGAGUUACACGCUGCUGCUGCUGUUGUUAUUGCAAGAGUUUUGAUCAUCACUAUUUAUAGAGCAACCUAUUCCGACCGAGGCUGUUCCUCAUAGCUGCAGCCUAUGGUUUGCCAACUGCGCGCAACAAGUUGCAGACACUCCCAACACGGGCAAACGUGGGCUAAACUUGGGGCAGCGGAUGGUAUCUGUGCGCUUCUGUUUUCGGACUACGCGUCUCCUAAUAGCGCACAGCCCUCCCCGACCCCCUCUUUGGAAGGCAGGAGGGGAAUAAACGGUGGAGACCCGGAGAGGCAGUUCAGGAAAGGACGGGGCCGGAUCAGUGGGAACAGGCCUGGCUGUCAGGCCUCUCCUGGUGCCGUUCCUGGACCGGACAGGGCUCCAGAAUAAUCCCGUUUGCAAUAUUUUGCAAAGGCCUGGUGGAUUUAUAAUGCAAGAAGUGUAAACCAUUAAAGAACUCCUUUAGGUGAAAUACAGGGAGUUGAGGAGAUGAAUUGAUCUAAAUUUCAAACCACCCACAUUUCCCUUUUUACCCCACAGUUAUACCUGGCUGCAUGUAGAAACGACCACCACUGUAUGUAGCUACUUUUUUUUAAAUGUUUUCUUUCCACCAUAACUUUAACCGUUGAACGGUGGAUGAUUUCAUACUUUCCUUCCCCGUAUUUGUGUCUGACCACUACCAGCUGUUCCUGCCCACUCCACACUGGGGCAUUUCUAACAACAGGACCGACGGCGGAACCCACGGUUAGUCGUGGAGAGAACGGUGACAGAGGAACUUCUGGAGCCACUCACUGUUGACACUAACUGUUCAUUCAAUGCAGCCAUGACAUUUAGCUGCCAUGUUUUCCUCCUCCCAUCUCCUCACUUGUAACUUUAUUCCGGAAUGAAGACAGCAACAGACUUUUCCCUGAAGCUGCCUGUGUGAUGGCAGACCCGUCUAAACACUGCGCACAUCCAGCAGAAGUCAUUUCCAGUCAUGUAACGUCAGAGGCAGAAUUGAUGGCGGUUUAACCCCCUGGUUGCAUCACUGACCAGCGCUUUUCCGAGAAGGAUGUUCAAUUCAGGGGGCUGAGGAGCGAGGACAAAGCCGGGCUCUAACUCUUGGGUGAAGGAUACAUGUAACUCAACAUGGCUUCGUCGCAGCAGCAGCAGCAGCAGCAGCAGCGACGUCCUCUUAUGCGUGGCACUGAAGUCAGCUGUGACUCCAGCGGCGACGGCGCUGUGACCGUGAGAAUCGCCAACAGUGCGCCACACGUGCGUCAACAUGAGCCGCUGAAGGCUGCCAUGAGUGGAGCGGGGGGCGACCCAGCCCCCCAUAAAUACAGCAUCUCAUCCAGCGGCAGCUCAGCUGAGUCCAGACCGGUGGGGACCUCCACCUUGAGGGAGCACAGAAAGGCACCGCCCCUGUUUGAACGCUCAGCUGCCCAGUGCUGGGACCCCAAAUUUGACUCCUCCAUCCUGGAGGAAGCAUGUCAAGAGAGGUGCUUUCCUCAGACACAGCGCCGGUUCCGCUAUGUGCUCUUCUACCUUGCAGUGGCAACCGUACUCUGGGGGGUCUAUUUUGGGGUCAACAGUGAACGUUGUGACCCGUUGACCUUCCUGGCUCCCACGGUCUCCUUUUUGACCCUGUUAGUGCUCCUCUUUUUGUUUACUUUUACCCAGCCUUACACAUGGAUGUUCAAUCAGGCCUCCUUACUCCUAAUUGCAGUCACCUUUGCCAUUACAUUAGCCCCACAAGUACAAACUGCUGGUUAUACGGAGCUGGAGUGGACCAGUGACGGGAAUACCUCAUAUCACUCCACAGAUGAACUAGGAAAAUCUACAACUCACUGCAUUUCCCCUGUUGGCACAUUCUCCCUGUGCAUGGAGGUUCUUCUUCUGUUGUACAGUGUCCUACAUGUGCGUUUGUACGCCUCAGUGAUGCUUGGACUUCUCUACUCGAUAUUAUUCGAGGCAUUAGGAUGGCUACCAUUGCUUCAAAACAAUUCAAACACAGCCAGAUGGCACACGGACCUGACCGGUUCCAGCCCUGAUUGGGGAGGGCACACACUCCGCUGGCUGGCUCCGGCCAAAGCUCUGCUCCACUUGUGUGCCCAUGUCAUCGGCAUCCAUAUUUUUAUCAUGUCAGAGGUUCGUUCCCGCAGUACUUUCCUCAAAGUGGGCCAAGCCAUUAUGCAUGGCAAAGACUUGGGGGUGGAGAAGGCCUUGAAGGAGCGAAUGAUUCACUCAGUCAUGCCGCGGCGAGUUGCAGAUGAACUGAUGAAGCAAGGAGAUGAUGAGGGCUGCAAUGAGAACUCUGGCAAGCGCUAUUCCUCCGGUGCUUGCUCUGCCUCGGCUGUCUCAGUUGGCGGAGUGGGAAGCUGUGGAGCUUCACAAACCCAGAGUUCCACCAGCCCCAAAAAUCACUCCCACAACAACCACAAACGCAAGAAGACCUCCAUCCCCAAAGGACAGAUAAUAUUCAGGCCCUUCAAUAUGAAACGCAUGGAGCCAGUGAGCAUCCUCUUCGCAGACAUCGUGGGUUUCACCAAAAUGUCGGCAAAUAAAUCUGCGCCAGCUUUGGUGGGCCUUCUCAAUGACCUGUUUGGACGUUUUGACCGGCUCUGUGAACUUACUUUUUGUGAAAAGAUAAGCACUCUGGGAGACUGCUACUACUGCGUAGCCGGCUGCCCCGAGCCCAGGCCGGACCAUGCACACUGCUGCGUAGAGAUGGGCCUGGGGAUGAUUCAGGCCAUCGAACAGUUCUGCCAGGAGACGUGUGAGACGGUCAGCAUGCGCGUCGGUGUUCAUACUGGAACUGUCCUCUGUGGUAUCCUUGGAAUUAAACGCUUCAAGUUUGACGUGUGGUCAAACGACGUCAACCUGGCCAACCUGAUGGAGCAGCUGGGUGUCGCAGGCAAGGUCCACCUGUCAGAAGCCACCUUUCGCUUCCUGGAUGACCGUUACCAGUCUGAAGAUGGGCGUGUGGCCGAAAGAGCCGGGCACAGUGCGGUGGAGAAGCUCAAAGGACAACAGACAUACCUGAUCUCAGGAAGGAAGCCUGAGCACGAUGUGCAGUGUGCAUGCUCUCAAGUUGGACUUCCAGGGGGCGAUGUUGGUCAUUCUUACUGUCCUCCACAACAUGCGCCUGACCUCAUUGCUGGAGCGCAGCCUGCAGAGCCUCGUCUGUCCCACCCGAUGCCUGACAGGAUAGUGCUUCCUCGUGUGUCGCUCAAUGUGGCCUUGUCUGUUGGAACCCAACAGGGUGACGAUGUGACUGUGUUGAAUGGCUGCCAGGAGGAGCGUAAGACUGGAAGUGCCAAGUUCAUCCCAGGUCACAGUCCCCGAGCGGCCAAUGGUCUCCUUAGUCCUCCACUGGAAGACCCCGUCCGGGCCAGCCAGAGUUCCCUGUGUGACAUGCUUCAGGAGAAGGAAAAGAAGACCAGUACCAGCACCGGAACUGGUACUAGUUUAGGCAUGGCUGCAGGCACUGGGACGGCAGAUUCUGGUAUGGACCACUCUGCCCUCAUCCAGCUGCGUGCCAAGAACUUCAGAGAAAAGAGCGACGUCCACUUUGUGGACGUUAUCAGGGAGGACAGUUUAAUGAAAGAUUAUUUUUUCAAGCCACCAAUCAACAAGGUCAGCCUCAAUUUCCUCGAAAGACCACUGGAAAUGGCCUAUCGUAGCAGCUAUAAGGAGGAGGUGAGAAAACGGGCUCAGGUGCAAACAUUUGCAAGCUCCACCUUCAGUUCUUUCCUGGAUGUGCUGCUCAGCUGUUUUGUCUUCCUGGCCCUCGCCCUGGCCUGCUUCCUCCCGCCGUUGGUUAGUCCAGCUACUGUGGGCUCUCCUUCUCCAGCUGCCCUGGCUGUACCACCCUUGGCUGGUCUCUUUGAGCUGGCCUCACUUGUGCUGUCCAUACGUAUGGCCUUCUAUUUGGAGGAGGUGAUGCACUGUACACACUCCCUGCUCCUGGCAGUCUCUGGAUGGGUUCCUCGACAUGUGAUCGGGGCGGUGUUGGUGUCCCUUCCUGCCAUCUCUGUCUUAUCUCAUUUCACAUGCAGCGUCCACCAGCCCCUCCAGGUGACUAUGUUUCUGUGCUGUGCCACCAUCCUGGCCAUCAUCCAGUAUUGUAACUUCUGUCAGCUGAGUUUCUGGAUGCGCUCAGUCCUGGCCACUGUGACAGGGGUCACUCUGCUUGUGCUGGUCUAUAUCCCUCUACACAAGAACAGCUUCGAUAAUAACAGCUUACCUCUUCAUGGGCUGAACGUCUCAACAUCAAGUGAUCGUUUAUCAGAAUCAGGCCGUGACACUCCCCCACGACUUCUUGACCUUUUGGUUCCAGAAGCUGUAUUGGCUUUUUUCCUGCUCCUUCUCCUGGUUUGGUUCCUCAAUCGUGAGUUCGAGGUUAGCUACCGCCUUCAUUACCAUGGCAAUGUGGAGGCUGAUAAACAUCGCUCUAACAUCCAGAUGAUGCGAGACCAGGCUGAGUGGUUACUGGGCAACAUCAUCCCCAUCCAUGUCGCUGAACAGCUCAAGGUGACCCAGAGCUACUCUAAGAACCACGACAGUGUGGGUGUAAUCUUUGCCAGUAUUGUAAACUUCAGUGAGUUCUAUGAAGAGAGUUACGAGGGUGGAAAAGAGUGCUACCGUGUCCUGAAUGAACUAAUCGGUGAUUUUGAUGAGCUCCUUCACAAACCUGAAUUUGAAAGUGUCGAGAAAAUUAAGACAAUUGGUGCUACGUACAUGGCAGCGUCAGGGCUGAACGUACGGCAGCCGGCGGAGAAUGAUGAUGACUCCCCCCAUGGUCACCUGAGGGCACUUUUCAAUUUUGCCCUGGAGAUGAUGGGUGUCCUGGAUGACUUUAACAAGAACAUGCUGGGUUUUGGCUUCAAGCUCCGUAUUGGAUUUAACCAUGGCCCACUGACAGCGGGGGUGAUUGGCACUACUAAGCUGCUCUACGACAUAUGGGGAGAUACAGUCAACAUCGCCAGUCGCAUGGACUCUACUGGUGUGGAAUGUCGGGUGCAGGUGAGCGAGGAAAGCUAUGCUAUUCUCAGCACAAUGGGUUUAGAAUUUGACUACAGAGGUACUGUGAAUGUUAAGGGCAAAGGUCAAAUGAGGACUUACCUGUACCCAAAAAGUGGGGAGAGCAUAUAUCAAGAUUGUAUGGAUCAGGAUGUCGGAGGUGCAUCAAUAUCUCUGGCACUGCCUGCCAAUAAAGUUUCAGGGACUGUCUCCCAGGGGCCAGCUCCUCCUCCCACUUCUUUUACUCCAAGAGCAGAGCCACAGCCUGCUCCAGGGGAGUCCACAGAGAUGAAGGAGGAAGGAUAUAGGGACGUUCCAAAUCACCAAGGACAGACUUCCUCCACAGACAUUCACCCCCCUCCCUGCCCUGAACUAGAUACAGAGUAUGGUGGUGCACAAUCACCUCUGUGGGUGCAACAUUCUCCUCUUACACCUCAGAGGGUUGAGGACGGGGAAGCCAAUGAGCUAACGAAACUCAAUGAGGAGUUCUAUGCCCGCCUCUGAUCUCUUCCUCACUCAGUAUCUGUCCACUAUUCCCCCACGUGCCGACUUGUUAAGACAGCAUGAAGAUGGAGGUGGAAUGUGCUUCUCACUAUGCAACACAUUUUUUCACGGAUGAAGAAGAGGGAGCUUGUCAUGUCGACACCAACCAUUGCUACAUUGGCUACCAAAGUGGCUACUACUAUCCAAAUGUUAAUGUUUCCCAAGGCUUUGGUGAGUUUGGUCUGUGUUGAGCACAGUUCACUGAGGAUGAAAGGCUUAAAGGGAAUAUGCGGGAAAAGAUUUGCGGUGUAGCUGAUGAGGGUUUUUCACAUUAUUUUUGUUAUCAAGUGCCUUCAGGACAAGAUCAAUGACUGAACAAAUACGAAUGCUGAACAAAGUUUUAACAAUAUUAUACUACAUACAUGCUGUAGUUUUUAUAUUUCUUAUGAAACAAAACCCAAAUGUUGUUCCAAACCUUUUGUUUAAACUUGAUCAAAGUCUUGACUUUAUAAAAGGGAAGUUAACUUUCGAUACUUGGGCUGAGCAGGGAACUAAAGGAAGACGAGGGACUCACAUAAAGCAGUGUUAAUUUAUGUAUUUUGUGUUGACAUGAGGGUUUAAUAUAUUAUUCAUUUGUGAUAGUUUAAUGCUACAAUGCCAGCUGCAUAGUUCUUAGAUUGUGUGUCGCAGCUGAAUGCACAUUUAAUCACAGUUCUUGCACAGUGUUUUGUCGACCACUUGCAUAUGGUCGUCGUUAUCUUGAAAAUGCUUUGGAUAUUGUGAACACACUUACUGUCUUUUGCAAGCACAAUCAGAAGCACAAAAUCUCAAUAGAUAAGGGAAUAUAAAGUACUUUGGGAAGCAAAAAGGGUUUUUCGUUUUUUUUAAAGCAAGGUUUUCACAGAAGUAGGAAAGCACUUAAAAUACUUUAAAUCAUACUUAAGAUUUAAUUUAAAAAAUCUUAAGCCCAGCCCCAACUAUAUUAACUCAAAUCAUCUUAUUUUAAUUUGAUUAAUUUUAUUUUAUUUCAACUUCUCAAAACCAAUCCAGCACCCUAAUCCACUGUUUGCAGUAUUUUUUUUAAAUUAAAACCAAAGAGGUGUUCCCUGUUCAUUCUGUUCUUUUAUUAGGUAUGUACCACUUUAUGCCUGUUCACAUGCUGUAUUAGAACAUUUCAUGUUUCCAAAAAACACAAACAAAAAACAUUUUUAUAUUCAUUGCUAUGGGAUACAUAAACAUGCAUAAAAUUGACAUUUGUUUAUUGUUGACAAAUUUAAAUUGAAAAAAAUAAAUUCUCCUCAAAAUAAAUGGAAAAUACGGCAAGGAUAUUAAACAUUCUUACUACAUAGUGUCAGGCCAUACAUGAACUGCAUUAGAACAUGGUGUUACCAGGGCAGUAGAGGGUGUUUGUUGGAGCGUAUUUUUAGUCAUAGAUUUAUUGUGCUAGUGCGUAUUAUUGGCAGCAGAGUGAGAAUGUACAGUAUGUGAUGUAAGUUUAAAAUAACCAACAUACUGGGAUUUGUUCUGUGGAGAAGAAAACAGUGGAUAAAUAGAGCACAGCCAAAUCAGAUCAGGUAACAAUUCAUAGACAGUUCUUAUCAGUUGUGUUUGUUUUUUUUAAGUCGUAACAACACCGAAUGAAAGCAGACUCAUCCUCUAGGGUUCCCACAAUGUGUUGGCAUGGUUGGCUACAGAGUGAGAAGACAGAUCAACCCUUACAUUCUUUGAGGAAUCGUGGAAUUUAACAACUAUUUCUAUACAGUCUGCCUGAAGACAUAUUAGUUCUCACUAAAGUGGUGAAACAUUGAAAUUGGACCCUGUCUUUAUCCCACCACUUUGACAAACCUCUACUGUAACAUUAUAUUCAAAUUGUACCCCAUUAAUGGAGCAGUGGCUGCAGUGCAACCUUAACGAGCAGACUCUUUGGUGUUCCUGAAAGACCACGGCUGUAUUUUGAGUUUCUUGGUUUUUAAGGUUUUGUUUGAAAUCAUGCUUUUGUCACAAUAUAAAUUGUGAUUCAUUUGUGAUGGAAUUAUGUUCGAUGUUUUGACAACUUUCCCUUAUUUUCCCCACAUGCAGUAGGCUCAUCAACCAGCCCUCUUCAGAGGGAUUGUGUGUGUGUUUGUAUGUGUGAAUGCAAACUACAAAAACAUAAUUGUGAGGACUCUUUGACAUUUUUGUCAUUGUGCACUUAAGGGAUCACCUUUUCACAAGUAUGAUUUUAUUGUCGCUAUCCUUACUUGUACAGUAAAUAAAUUCACAUUUCUGUAUUCAUUGAAAAGGAAGCUUGAAAUUAAUGUAACAUGACCCUGUUAGAACUCCAAUCAAAGAAACAUCUCUACCUUGGUAUUUAUGUCUGCACCAUGAGGAGCAUUUGCCUACUCUUUACUGAUAGUUUUACUUUAUCAUUCAAACAGUACAGAAGAAAAGAAGCUUGUCAACUGAUUUAAAAUGUAAAAAUAUGCAAUGGAUGGUAUAACAUCUGUUAUAUGUGAAAUUAACUCUUAACAACAAUGAUUACGUUUGAUUGUAGGACAGCAUGAGCAUGGCACCGUCCCCACACACUGCUCCCCGGGCGCUCAAAAAGUUGUCCACUGUUCACUUUGGUGAUGGGUUAAAUGCAGAGGUCACAUUUGGUUGUGUGCAGUGAUGUGUCACAAUGACAAGGAGUUCACUUUCCUUUAUAAAGUCAGAACAUGUUUUCAAGGGAAUUAAUAAAGAAUGCCAACACAGCAGGUAUAAGAGUGGACAAGGUACAGCAUAUCAUCAGGAGUGGGGAUGUACAGUCAUUCUAUCUGUGAACCUUCAGAAUGUAAAACCCUUGCGGUGUCUUUGAAGGAAAUACCCUAAGCCUUAAAACCCAGACUAUACGUUGUUUUAUCCAUUCCUUGUAUGUUGUCUGUCUUC